AUGCGGCGCAAAGAUCUAACAACGGGAGAGAGAAACUCCAUAGUGCAGAUUCUGCUUGAAGACAGCCAUGGUGGGAAGCCAAAAAGGGGCAGAAUGCAGGUUGUCGCCGUCAAGUUUGCCGUUUGCCGUCGAACGGUGACUCGGUUAUGGACUGCUGCAAAAAACCAACAAGCACAAGGUCAGCAUAUUCAUAGUAGCAGAGGCAAAAUCAACAAACCAAGGCACAAGAGAGUUGAAAUAGAUCUUCAAUUAAUUUCAACAUUGGAGCUAAGCAAGAGAUCAACCAUUCGAAGGCUAGCAAGUGGAAUAAGUUGCAGCAAGAGCACAGUUGGGCGAUGGAUAAGCAAGGGUUUGAUCAGGGCUCAUACUAGUGCGAUAAAGCCCGACUUAACAGCCCCUAAUAAGUUGCUACGUCUAAGGUUUUCACUUGAAGCAAUCGAAUAUGAUAGAAUACUCAAGGUGCUUCAAUUCAAGAGUAUGCAUAACACGAUGCAUAUUGAAGAGAAAUGGUUUUAUAUAACCAAGUCAAAUCACAGGCCGUUGAUAGCCGAGGAUGGGACUAUACUCUUUGAUGGGAAAAUAGGUAUUUUCCCUUUCACAGAAUAUAUACCAGCCAAGAGGAAUAGCAAAAACAGGGAGAUCAUUCCUGCCAUUAAGGCCAAGUGGCCACAAUUUGCAAGUAGAGUGAUUUUUAUUCAACAAGAUAACGCGAAGCCUCACAUUAAAGAUAGUGAUCCGGAUUUUAGACAGGCUGCCAGCUCAGAUGGCUUUGACAUCAAGAUUGUUCAUCAACCACCCAAUUCACCGGAUACCAACAUCAAUGAUCUUGGUUGGUUUAGGGCUAUUCAAAGCCUACAAACUGAAUCAGUUUGUACCAACGUAGAUACAUUAGUGGAGGCUAUGAAGAGGUCAUUUGAUGAACUAUCUCCAACAACACUGAACAAGGUAAAAGGCCACAACAGCUAUAAAAUACCCCAUAUGGGCAAAGGAUCACUUAUUAGGCAAGGAGAAUUACCAAUCAACUUACAAGUUCCCCAUGAUCUAGUUAAUGAAGCUAUUAACUAUCUCAUGGAGAAUGGAAUUGUAAGUGGCAUGGAUCAUCUAAGGAAUGCACUUGGAAUAAGUUCAAUUUCCUUAGAUGAAGUUGAAUACCAAAUGGGACAUUUGGGUAUUCAAGUUCCAUGA